UUCUGGCGCUGAAGGCAUCGCACCGUCGCACUCGCAACCCCUGGCGCAUGGAGGAAAAUAUUCCCUGGUGGAUACAGAGCACAAAUUGAAGCAUUUGCGCCCUUUGACAGACGCUUUGGCAGACACUUUCACUUGUAAACAAAUGAUCUGAAGCUCAGAAAAGUUAUUACGAGGAAUUACACAAAAGGAAAAGUUACCCACAAUUCAUGCGCCGAGUUGAUGCGCAUCGCCAUAUUGAGACCGAGUAAACUGCUGUACGAGCUGUCAGCUUUAGUGGGGCGGUGUGUUUUAUUUCAGUAUUUCUUAUUUUAUUUGGUGCGUGUACCAUUAGCAAAGACGCACGUAGCACAAGGGGAUAUUCGUUCUGCAUUUGCAGCAAGAAUUGAAAAGCUUUGAUGUGCGCGUUUUAUAAUGAGUGCUCGUUUAAGAAAAGGAGGUCGUUGGUGCUCGGCGCCGAACUGUAAAAAUAAUUCAAAUACAAAUAAGAACAUCAGCUUUUUUGGCUUUCCCAAGGACGAGCAACGGGCGAAGAGAUGGACUAUAAAUUGCAGGAGAGAAGACUUGUCAAAAAAAGAUGCUUCAUAUUUAAAUAAAAAUUGUACAAUAUGUAGUGAUCACUUUGAAAGUAUUAUGUUUGGUAACUUUCAAAAAAACAGGUUGAAACCUGAUGCUGUUCCAACUUUGUUUGAUGUUGCAAACCCGCCAAAAACUAUCGCACUGAAGAAAAAAACACCAAGAAGAAUGACAGGAAGAAAUUAUGAAACUUAUGAAGUGGCAAAGAAAUCUAGAAUUGAGACGAUGAAGUCGUUCUGUCAACAUAACAGUGGCAUUGGGUCGCACAUGUGCAUGCAUAUGUAAAUCCAUCGUAUAAUGCAUUUCCAUCGUAUAAUCACGGUCUAUUAACAGACUGUGUAAAUAGACUGAAGUACAUAUUACAGUGGCAAUGAAUUGGGUGAGCUUAGUGAAUAUUGUGAAAAACGAAGAGAGAUGUUUACAGUGGUGUCGUCAACAAAGACUUGUGCCUAACAAUGUUCUAUGUCCGUAUUGUGGGGCAUUGCUGACGGCUGCAGGGAACAGGGGAAAAGGGUUUGGCGACUUUUUGUGUAAUCGACGCAAUCACCAAAGAUUUAAAGCUCCAGCCACAAGAGGUACGAUUCUAGACAAUGCCAAGGUAACUGUCGGUCAAGCUUUGCAAAUUAUGUACUGCUUCUCACAUAAUUAUACGUAUGAAGAUACUGUGCGUGAGUGUUCGCAAGGAAAGACUUUAUCGAACAGGACAGUUGCAGAGCGUUUCUCAUAUUUACGUGAUGUGUGUAUGGACGCCAUGGACCGCAGAUAUAUUGGUGCUCCUAGAAUUGGCGGACCCAACUCGGUGCUUGAAAUCGACGAGUGUAAAAUAGGCCGUCGAAAAUACAAUAGAGGUCGUGUCUUGGAGGGAAAUAGGGUGUUAGGGGUUAUUGACAGAGACACUAAAGAAGUACGGUUAGAAAUUUGCCCAGGAAAUCUUAGGGAUGCAAACACAUUGCUAUCCGUGAUUCAGCGACAUGUUCAACCGCAGACAACAAUUAUUACGGACUUGUGGAAAGACUAUGAAGAUCUAAAGCAACAAAACUCUGAUCAAUUGGCUGCGAACCACUCGAUGCAUUUUGUAGAUCCGACUAAUAAUACUGAAUCGCAAUGGCGACCAUUAAGUCGUCUGCUGUCGAGGGGUGGUUUACGGCAAGAUAACUUGGACUCCCAUCUCGUCGAAUAUUUGUGGCGGAAAGAUUGUAAAAGGCUAGGGAGGGACCCUUUUCUUUUCCUGAUAGAACACUGCACUAUUGCCUACCCCGAGGAGUUAAAACCUUCAGCCUCUUUUUUUCUUGAGCCUAUGAAAGUUGUAAAAGAAGAGAUUUUAGAGGAUUAUGAGAAGGAGUUAGAUCCUCCGACCACAAUGCAUCUGGAGCCUGAGGAAGUGAAAGAAGAGAUUGUGGAGGUUUAUGAAGAGUUUGAAUCUACAUCCACCUUGAACAUUGAGCCUGAGGAAACAAUUAAAGAAGAGAUUGCAGAGGAUGAGGAAGAGUUUGAACAUUCAGCCACCUUGUAUAUUGAGCCUGAGAAAACUGUUAAAGAAGAGAUUGCAGAGUGGGAUGCGGAAGUCAAAGAUUUUGAGUACAUAUCGGUAGGAGCUUGUGAUCUGGCCACAACCAACAAUGAAAAUGAAGAUGAAUCAGAUGGAAGUCUUCUUGGUGACUGGUACUCGUAUGCAGAGGUCACUCCGACCAACAGAAAUUGUAAAACUACUCGAAGGAGAGAAAAGCAUAUUGGUUCCAUAACUACUGCAGUGAAAGAACUAAAAGAUUUAGAAAAAUCUCUGAGUGCUUCUCCUUUAACAAUUCGGACUACUAUCGUUGAGGACGAGUGUGAAAUGAUGGGCAAGUGGAUUGCCUCACAGUUGCGUAAGUUACCAAAGCACAGCAGACAUAGAGCAAAUUUGGAAAUACAACAAAUAAUAAAGAAACACAGUGUGGAGCAUAUGAACUCAAGUUCUUCAGUAUUGUCAGCGUCUCUAUCCAAUGAUCAUACAUACAGUAUUUUAAAUCCAUUCAAAUCCUGAAAUAUGUAACACUCUCAUCAAGCCUAUCCCAUUUUGGAUAUGGUUCUUGAUGUUUACCAAGAAAUUUUCCAACAAUGUUUGGAAGGGACUGUUGGCUGUGAAAUAGUAUUUAUUAAUUGACAUUGAAAUAGUGUUACACCAGAAUUCCAGAAUGGGUGACAAUAAAGUGGUUGCAAUGGUUUGUUGUGAUUUACAUUAAAAUGUCAUAACGUCAAGUGUAAUAAAUGCUUAUUGAGGUUCUAAAGAUUUAUCUACAUUUAUUAUUUAUUACUACCUCAAAGGAGACUCAUACACUCAUAAUAUAUUAUUUAUUGUACCUGUUUUUUGUUUAUUGAAUAAGAGCUGAAGAAUUACUAGAAACUUCACUGUUGAGGUUGGUUUAGCUACCACAAAAGAGACUGGUAACACCUGUAAUACUUAUUACGCAGGUGGCCUUUUAUGUUUUGGGAUUUGGCAAUCCUUGUGUUGCAAUCUGGCAACUGACAACUCUAUCAUAAAGUUGGAUGUUUUGAGGUUAUACGUACUCGGGACGUUUUGACAUAAGAGCGCUAUUUGUGUUGAUUAUAGUAACUUAAAAGAUUCAUCUUGGCCAAAAAUGGAAUUAAAUCUUGAACAUUUUCAUGCGAUUAUUUUUUACAACUUUCAAUGUGAAUUAACUCAGCAACAGUGCAUGGAUAAAUUUAAUUCAGUUUUUGGCAAUGUAGCUCCAUCAAGGACCAGUGUUUAUCGAUGGUAUGGUGAAUUCAAUUGUGGUCCUAGUUCACUCCAAGACGAAUUUCGCGAAGGUCGUCCAAAAUCAGUUGUUACAAAAACCAUUGAUGCUGUGUGUGAACUGAUAUUGCAAGAUCAUCAUGGGACCUAUCAUGAGAUUGAGACAAUCUUGGGCAUUAGUUGGACCAGCAUACAUUCAAUAUUGCAUGAACAUUUGACUGUCAAAAAAAUUUGUUCGCAUUGGAUCCC